CUCCGUUUCCUCCCCACCCUUUGCAUCUACGUGAGGAAAGCAUCUCAGAAGAGAGGCUCAGCGUUCAAGAUGCAGAUCUUCGUCAAGACCCUCACGGGCAAGACCAUCACUCUCGAGGUCGAGAGCUCCGAUACCAUUGACAAUGUCAAGUCCAAGAUCCAGGACAAGGAGGGCAUUCCCCCGGACCAGCAGCGUCUGAUCUUCGCCGGAAAGCAGCUCGAGGAUGGCCGCACUCUUUCGGACUACAACAUCCAGAAGGAGUCCACCCUCCACUUGGUCCUCCGCCUUCGUGGUGGUAUGGCCAAGAAGCGCAAGAAGAAGGUGUACACCACCCCCAAGAAGAUCAAGCACAAGCGCAAGAAGACCAAGCUAGCUGUCCUCAAGUACUACAAGGUUGACGGCGAUGGCAAGAUCGAGCGUCUUCGCCGCGAGUGCCCCCAGCCCGAGUGCGGUGCUGGUGUCUUCAUGGCCGCCAUGCACAACCGCCAGUACUGCGGAAAGUGCCACCUGACCUACGUCUUCGACGAGGCCAAAUAAGCGCAUCGCCACCGGGGCACGCGACACGAUCGAUAACGAGUUACGGCAUCAAGGCAUAUAUGGGAGGAGCUGAAUAGGUUUCACCACAAUGUCGGACAUCUAGAAUCAAUCAAACUUGUCAUGGACUUCACACCUCGGUUACCGACCCCAAAUCGUGAAUGAAAUGCUCAGUGCGUGUGGUGCGAGCGUCAUACCAGUGAUCUCCCGUGUAUGCGUAGAUCUUCAUCUCGCGUAACUAAUGUAUAUGCAGAGCGUCCGUGUUUCGAAUACCGAUACCAUGGUCGCCUUGUCUUCGUGCUUCAACCUGAUGAACGUUAUCGCCGUAGACUUGGUUCAUACAUUGGACUAUCAUGGUCUCAUUACAGCUGCAAAGCACUAGCGACUACCUAAUUAUGGUCAUAUGGAAAUCAACAACCUACCGCU